AUGGAGGGAGAUCAAGUCUUUGGUGUUGCUGCCAAAGAAAUGUGCCUUAUAUCUGGUUUGGUGAUUCCGACAAAGUUCAAAACGCCAGAUUUUUACAAAUACAAAGGAACACAAUUUCACAACAGGAUAAUUAGUAGAUCAUCGACGAACACAAAAGACAUUGUGAGAAAUUUCAGUGUGCCUAUUGAAAAUGAUAAUCUUGAUAGUGUGCCCAUUGAAAAUGAUAAUCUUAAUAGUGUGCUCAUUGAAAAUGAUAAUCUUGAUAGUGUGUCAAUUGUUGAUGAAGUUAAUAAUGAUGACGAUGCCGAUGAUGAUGAUGAUGAUGAUGAUGAUGAUGAUGAUAAUGUUGAUUAUGAUAUAUUUGAUCCAAGAAAUUGGGAUCGUCUUCAACCUAAACUAAUUGAUUUAUUAGUUGUGAAAGGUCCUAAAAGAGAUAAUUCUAUUGUGAAGGGUCCUAGAGAUAGUUUGAAUAGACGUUUUACGGCUAAUUUGUAUACUAGAGCUUUAGCAAAUGGAGAGGGGACAAUUAGAAAAUUAGGGUUAUAG